UUAUUUGUAAAGAAUUUUAUAGGAUGGGGUUGAAAGUGUAAAAUAGGGACUUAGAUUGAAAUGAAUAAGAGAAGGAGGGGCUGGAGAUCUAAUUAUGGGAGAGUUGCAAUAAGGACCGGGUAUAUAUGCAAUGCGAUGAGUCAUUUGUAACCUAACCCUAGCAAAGAGAGUGCAGCCGCCAUCAUUGGUUCAUCAGCCGCCUCCACCUUAUUUCCCCCACCUAGUGUCGCCGCUCCCUUCGUAGAGUCACCACCGCUGCUACUCUCCCACUGGUGACGACCAGCGCUGCAAGGAAGCCUCCGAGGCCGGUGCACCUGUCGCAUCUGCUCCAUCUCCUUAUUGAAGAAAUCGCCACCAUGCGACCUUGCUGUGACGAUAGUAACUUCCAACCGCCGCCUGGCGUCUUGAUGGUAUUGUGCGGGUUGCGUCCUAGGUCAUCACCGAUGUAUUAUGGCAUUGCUCGGGGCUCGCGAAGUAGGUUCGUUCAUGGGGGAUGGAAUCUGCCAAGUUAGAGUGGUGAUGAACCACCAUGGCGGCCGACCAUGGUGGUUGUCAUCGUUAGCACCGCCGCUGAAGCUGCUGCUGUCACUAGUGUUGCAGUUUUCGUCGUCACCUUCCACCUCAUCUUCAGUCUCUUCGUCAACCACAACCUGCCAACGUUCCUGCCGCCUCCGACCACCUUCGGGAAUCUGUCAGCCAGCAGCUGGGGUGGAGUCUGCGGGACUUCAGCAGUUUGGGAUUGUGUCUUCGGGACUUCAGCAGUGUGAGGUACUCAGUUUUCAAAAGAGGAGCUCGGAGAGGUUGCAGUGCACACACCAUUUGUUCAGCCUGGGAUGUUUAUACUUUGAUAUAUUUGACAGUUGUUAUGAUAUUUUGAGAUAUAUUGUUUAUGAUUCUUAUACGACGUCGAUGAAUAUGGUUUUAUUACUGAUUUAAAACGAAAUUUUCAGACUGUAUUUUUGGGUCGUUACAAUUCACGAAGCUGAUCUAUAAGGUGGGUAUAAGGUUGCGGCCUCUAAAAUGGCGCUUAAUGGGUGUACACUCACACCCACCGCUUGCUUGAUUGGUGGAGGGUCGUUAGCCGAACGGGUAGGAUAGGUCAACCUCAUCCUCUUAUUAAAAGUAUAAUAAGUAAUACGAAGUAACUACUCAUUUUUUUUUAAAAAAAUUUCCCAAUCUUAGUUACUUUAGGAAAAGUGAAUUGAUGCAAUCCCAUGAAAUUACACUUUUCACCCUUGCUAAGAAGUUAGUGGAGCGUGUGUGGUUUACCGGCACACUA